AUGAACAAUAAAAUAAUAUCAAGGCUAAGUGGACUAAGUCUACGUAGUUCAAGAUGUUUCUCUAAAUCAACGAAAUCAUGUAAUGCAAUUUUAGCAAAUUCAAAUACAAAAACCACCACAACAACAACAAAUAUAUCUUUUGAUGAACAAAUAUCAAGACCAAAUAGAUUCAGUAACAAUAAUAAUAACAACUACAACAACCAGAGUAAUAAUAAUAAUAAUAGAAAUAAUUUCAAUCGAUUUCAAGUCACAGAGAAUUUAACGAUGCCCGAAUUAAAUAGAAUAAGAACAAUACCAACUUUAAUGACAUUUUAUGGAGGUAAUCCAAUUCAUGAAAAUAAUAUGAAUCAGUUAAAAACUUUAUUAAGAAAAUAUGAAAAUUUACCAACAAAAAUCUUAACAGAUGAAGAAUUGUCAAAUCAAAAAUUUAUUGGAUUUGAAUCAUAUAGAGAAAGAACUCAAUCUGGUACAAGAGUUAAAAAAAUUCAUUAUAGAGAUUUAAUUACAAGUUUAAAUAGAUUAAGAAUUAUUGAUUCAGAAUUAAUGCCAAUUGAUGUAUUAAAUGUUUUACAAGAAUAUUACUCAAAAAGUUCAAACAAAUCAUUGACCACUUCACAACUAAAAACUUUAGAUGAAUUUGGAAGAGCAAAAGCAAAAGCUAAAAGAAAAGCUUCGGAAGCUAAAGUUUAUUUAGUACGCGGAGAAGGGGAAAUUAUAGUUAAUGGUAAAAAUCUUGUUGAAUAUUUUACAAAUGUAUAUGCAAGAAAAAAUUUAAAUUAUCCUUUUCAAGUUAUUGAUCAAGAAGGUAAAUAUAAUGUAUUUGCUGAAGUUAGUGGUGGAGGUUAUACAGGUCAAAGUGAAGCAAUUAUGUAUGCCAUUGCAAAAGCUUUAGUUAUAUUCAACCCAUUAAUAAAACCAAGGUUAUCAAAAGCUAAAUUAAUGACUAGCGAUGCAAGAGUUGUAGAAAGAAAGAAACCGGGUAAAGUCAAAGCUAGAAAGUCACCAACUUGGGUUAAACGUUAA